CUCUCACAGCACUUGAGAUGAGUUCGCUUUUCUAAAAUUAGCAGUUACUGUUUGUUGAUAGUGCAUUUGUGAAUUUCGCUUUUACUAAGUCGGCUUUUAUAUCACUUUGUGAAGGUUGUAGGUGUCACCGAACGUGUUGUUGAGGUUUGGUUUUGUUGUUGUUGUUUUUCUUCUGUUGUUGUGAAACGUCCAGUGAGUCAGCGUCUGAUCGGGGUUAAUUAUACCACAACAACCUAUUUAUAAUCAUAGCGGCUUGUGCGGGCUACAUUUGUCCAGAGGGCUGUGGGUUUCUUUGUAAACGAUGGCAGUGCCAGCAGCUGUGGCGCUCAACACAUUAGAACACAAUCUUCACAUUAAAGAAGACACAGAGUUGAAUGAAGACCACAUUCUGCCUUUACAUUCUCCAUGGACCUUCUGGUUGGACAGAUCCCUUCCAGGUACAACAGCAGCUGAAUGUGAGUCAAACCUGACGAAAAUUUACACAGUGGACACCGUCCAGAACUUUUGGAGAGUUUACAACAACAUACCGAGUGUCUCCAGUUUGCCACUGAGAUGUAGCUAUCACCUGAUGAGAGGAGAACGAAAACCACUUUGGGAAGAAGAAAGCAAUGCAAAAGGUGGUGUUUGGAAAAUGAAAGUACCCAAAGAGUGUACGUCUGUUGUUUGGAAAGAGUUGCUGUUGGCGACCAUUGGAGAACAGUUCAGUGACUACUGUCCCUCAGAGGAUGAGGUGGUUGGUGUUAGUGUCAGUGUAAGAGACAGAGAAGAUGUCUUCCAGGUCUGGAACGGAAAUGCUGCCUGCGCUAACGAGUCGAACAUCCUAGGAAAGAUUUAUGAGCUCCUUCCACAGACAUCUUUUAAAGCAGUGUUUUACAAACCACACGAGGAGCACCACGCCUUCGAAGGAGGUCGAUCAAGACAUUAGCAUAUUGAAACACAGAAUAUACUGUAUAUAUUGGGCUGAUUAAGAUGUUUAGGAUCGUAAAAUCACUGGAGAUGAGGCUUGUAGUGACUUAGCGCUUCAUAUGACAUACCACAUGUGACUCUCCAGUGAUGGAAUUUCACCUAUUCUGAGCACUAUUGUCAUUUACAGUGGUGUGCAAAUGUUAGGGCCUGGUCACACGACGAUAGUUGAACGAAGGAAAAAUUCACAAAUCUUUGAGAAAAGGUGGACGAAUGAUCCUGCAUUUUUCCCAUCACUGAAAAGCCUGUGAAUCAAGAGCGCAUAAAGGAAGAAACAAAACUGAAACUAACAAAAGAAAAAUGAAGUGAAUGUUGACCUUGACUCUUUAAACGAAAUGAAAACGAAAUAUUCACAAUGAAUACGAAAUUAAAUCAAAACAUUCACAAUGAAAAUGAAACAUUCACAGUAAUGUGACUGACAGCGGGUACGAGUCCGAGUGCAGCCAGCCUUGUCCUCAUGUCCGCAGCACUUGCAGGUGCGGGAUCUGGUUGUCUUGACAACAAUGUGUGCACACACACAGGCCAGCCACAAAUGGCUGGAACGUGCAUAAAUAGUUACAGUAGUUGAUAAACAUUAUUGCCGCUAUUGAGUCUGUAUGACAACAUUGCUUUUUAUCCCACACAUGGAUGAGUCACGUGCAGCUCAUCAGAGCUUUAGUUAUUGAUCCAUUUGAAUAUCGUCAACGUUUGUGCAAGACGUCGGACUUGGGACACUGGAUGUCAGUCAAACAGAAUGCUGACAUUACGGGAACUAUGCAAACGAUGAGGAACCGUCAAGACAGAGAGUAAAACGAAAUACAGAGGAGUUGAGGUUGUCAUUGGGAUUUGUUCACAUUUUUAACAGUUUGAAGAUUCUGACAAAGCGCCAGUUACAGCAACAAAGCUGGACGAAGGGUAAGCGGUGUCAACGUAAAUCCAGAUUUCUGAUUUUGUUUUGGCUUUGGUGUCCUUCAUUAGUGCCGUGUGACCGGGGCUUUAGACUCCCUGAGGCUUUUACAUGUGGUAUCAGAUUUUUUUUAAUGAAUUUAGACUUCCCUAUGUUUAAAAUUUCUUAAAACGUUUCUCAAAAGCAAUAUAUCAAAUUUCAGCUAGCUUGCCAUAAAGUACAGUAUAUGAGGGAAACCUGAGCUUGAAGCUGUGACUGGUGAUGCAAUAAGCAAAAGUUGCACUACUCGUAGUUUCUCCAUUCACUGCCACAGAAGCCUAUAACUUCUUCAGAGUUGUCAUGGGUGUCUUGGUGGUUUUUCUCGCUAGUCUUCUUGUAUGGCCACUCAGUUUUUGCGAACAGCUGACUCCAGAUAGAUUUACUACGGCGUACCACGCUGUUUGUAUUUCUUAAUGAUUGAUGGAAAUGACGUCCAAGACACAUUCAGUGACUUGGAAAUGUUCAUGUAUCCUUCCCCUGACCUUUUUAAAGGAAACUGGCUGUAAAAGUGGCAGUUUAGCUCCGUGACACUUAAUUGGAGUAAGCAGUUGAAGAUGAGUGACAGUGAGUGUACUAAAGGGUGCCUGUGAUUAUGCAUUCCAUUAUUUAAUAUACAUCGUGCUGUCAAAAUUUGUUUUCUCAGUGUGUUUAAAGGGCAUCAGUUAGAGAAAUUUGGAUGUAGAGAAGCACAUACUCUUGAAUAACAUAUUUAAAAAAAAAAAACCCUUUCUGAUGUUGUAAUGGUAAAAUGUGUAAAACUCCCAAGAGUUUCAUACUUUUGCAUGCCACUGUAUAACUACAGAUAUAUUCAAAAUCCCUUUAUUUUAACAGGAAGCC